CUGCAUCAAAUUGUUGACCAAUACUACAAUCGCGGAAAAAGCGGAACAAUACUGAGUAAACUACAGAGCAUACAAUUUCGUCCAGACUUUAGGGAUGACUAUAAAAAUCAAUUACAAGAUUUUAUAAGCAAAGAUUUAAACAAAUUUGUUACGUCUUUACCAAAUGAUAAUGAAAUUACAAUUGAUAACACCAAAGCAGAGAAACAACUCGAUUUAAAUGAUAUGCCGUUCGAAAUAAUGCUUAAAGUAUGCAGUUAUCUUGAUCUGCAGUCAUUAUUCCGUAUGAGUUUGGUGUGCAAAACUUUAUAUGCUGUAACCACACAUCCUCUACUUUAUCGGGAACUUAAUUUGAAGCCUUUCUGGCAUUUGGGUUCCAAUGAAUUGCUUUGUACACUCGCAAAAAGGGCCACAUUAUUAAGGAAAUUGGACUUAUCUUGGUGUGGAUUAUAUAAUUCUAUAUCACCUACUGAAUUCAAAAAAUUUAUACAACAGUGUGGCGAUAAUUUAACUCAUUUAGUAUUGAACUCUUGUAAAUUUCUUAACGCAAGUUGUAUAGAAACUAUUGGCAUUGUUUGUGAUAACCUAAAAGAACUAUCAUUACGAAACUGUUCCACCGAUCCACCACUCUUAAACUUUUCUUGUUUGGCGAAUUUGAAAAAUUUGGAACGUUUAGACUUAUUUCAAACUGUAAUCGAAAUGGAUUUGCUGCUAACCAUGCUAGAAAGUAACCGAAAGCUAAAACACUUAAAUUUAGCUUUUUGUGGGGUAAAUGUGAGUAUGGAUGUAGUAGCAGAACAAAUAGCAACAUACAAUAAACAACUGAUAUCCUUGGAUAUGUGGAAGUCUCACUAUCUCUCGGCAGUGGGCUUACAAGCAUUAUCAAACUGUCAUGAUUUAGAAGAAGUAGAUUUUGGUUGGUGCUUAAGAGAAGCAUCACUUGGAGAUAGUUUACAAAAUUUUAUAAAAAGUUGCCCAAAAUUGAAGAAACUUUUUUUGGCUACUGCGAGGGGCAUAACUGAUUCGGAUGUCAGGAAUAUUGCUAAUAUUUGCCCAAAUCUUGAGCAAUUGGAUUUGAUGGGUGUUCUAGGUAUACCUAAAGAUCGAUAUUAUGAACUUUUAGUGAAAUGUUCCAAGCUGCAACUUUUAGAUUUAAGUUUUUGUGAUAAUAUUGAUGAGUUUGAAGUCAAACAAUGGUCUCAAAUAUUCAAAGUAAAUAUCAAAUGUAGUCAUGUGCCUAUGGAAUAUACAAAUUAAUACAUAUAAAUAAUUAUAAAAAAAUUUUAGCUAUGAAUUUUAGAUAGUUGUAAAUAUAUAGAGAGUUUACCUAAUUGUUGACUAUAUAAAAAUAUGUAUAUAUAUUAAUAUAUAUAAAUAAUAAAUUGCAAAUCU